AUGCAGAAUCUGUAUGUUAAAGUUUAUUUAUUAUUUUUUAAAUAUAUAUUACCUUCAUUCAAUGAGUUUAAUGCCUUCUUCCAAUCCAAAAAGUCUUUAAUAUCCUCUAAUUUUAUCAAACCAAAAGCUUUAUUGGCUUAUGAUGAUAUUAUUGAAACUCUUAAUAUAUAUAAUCCAAUUAAUCUAUUGCCUAUCAAAAAAAUUAAUGUUGGGGUAACCACAAGAGCACUGAUUAAUGAUUUAAGUAAAACUGACAAUGAAUUAUUUAUUUUGAAAUGUCUAAAGUUUUUCCAAAAAGCAGUUAGUGAAGCAUUUAAAAGACUUCCAAUUGGAAACCUUUUUUAUAAAAAUUUACAUUUUUUGAAUAGAAACAAUAUUUUUAAUGCCAAUAAAAUAAGCAAUUUAAAAUCAAUUACCGAAAUUAUGAAAAUUAACAUUAAUAUACACACACAUGAAAAUGAAUACAAAAAAAUUAAACAUUUAAAAUUUGACGAAGCCCUUGAUAAUACUUGUGAUUUAUGGACCCAAUCAGCAGAAAUGAAAAAUUUCAACAAUGAGUAUUUGUUUAAAAAUGUUGUACAAGUGGCACAAAGUGCCUUAAUUAUUCCACAUGGAAGUGCUGAUGUAGAAUGUGUAUUUUCAAUGUUGGCUGACACUAAUACCAAAAAAAAUUUGUCUUGGAGUUACUUUAAUUUCAGCAUUGUUAAAAAUUAAAAUUGAUUUAUAUUAACUUCUAUAUACAAUUAAACAAAAUUGUAACACGUCAGGUGUGUGUAUGUUAUCAAGUGUUGAUGUAUAGUCCACAGAAUUGUCACCCGUGUCAAGUGGGUUGAUGUAAU